AUGACGCUAGGCGGGAGUAUUCCGAAGAAAGAAGAGACACCAAAAUGUCGCCCCUUUUCCUAUUCCACUAAGAAGCUAACAGUGCGGCCUUGGUUUUGUCACCGGAGGUGGCCAGUAUCUGAAAAUCAGUCAUCCGAGAUUUCCUGCGAUUUCCAAUUUUAA